AUGCAACUCCUUCACUACGUGUCACCACGCCCCUUCACCCAUUCGCCCUUUAUAUCUUCCUCCUCACUGUCUCUUCUCUUCCUCCUCAACGCGCCACUCUCCAUGGAAGAGCCAACGGCCGGCACCGGACCAGCGUCGAGCCCCGCGCGACCGUCAGCCACCGGCUCCGCCGUGAGGCCGUGUCCGGGCGGACUCCGCCACCGCGCGCCCACCUCCGCCCAGAAGCUCAUCGGCCUCCUCGCCCUCCUCACCUCCGGAGGAAUCCUCCUCUUCCUCACCGGCGCGCUCACCCUCGUCUUCCUCGGCCCCGCCGCGCUCCUCACGAGCCCCAUCUGGGCGCCGCCAGUAGCCAUCGCGUUCUUGGUGACCUCCGUGGCGGUGCCGGCGUGCGCUUUCGCGGCCGCGGGGGUGGCCGGCGCCGCCUGGGUCUACCGGUACGCGAAGGGGUGGCGCGCGGCGGGCUUCGACCGAGUGGACUACGCGCGCAGAGGCCGCGAGUUCGGCGGCCACUCGAAGAGCCGCCCGAAAGACGCGGCGCCGGGGGCGUGA